AUGGUCACAAAACUGGCCGCCGAUUUUGCAGCACGUCUCAAUGUUACCGAUGAACUCCAGGACACUGCUAUGGAUGUCGACUCCGAUUCAGAGACCUCUAGCUCUGAAGGCAGCGAAGAGCCUCAGGAGAUCCGCUUCCAGGGACGACAGAACAACCGCGUGGGCUUCCCGCUGCGCGUAUUUGUGAAAAGUCCUCUUCCGGUAUCGUCAUUGCGUGACGGCGAGGAGCCAGUAACGAUCUUCGAGGAGUCGAAGCACGAUUAUAUCCAGCUUGAUUUGACGUGGCCCGGCUACGGCACAAAAUCAAAGCUAAUAUCGGUCAAGAACGGCAAGAGAGACCCUAUUGCCCUACGAACUCUUGCGGAAGAGGUGGCGAAGUACUGCCUAAGCUACAUGCAGGAACAGAGCGGCGAUUACAAUUCGGAGAACCCGACCCUGGGCAAUGUGUCGUUCUAUCAGGUCUAUCUCGUUGCGCUACACCGCAGUAAGGGACCCGUGUGGAAGGUUGAGAUCCAAGCCUGA